AUGGGGAAAGCCGGUCGCGUUGCGUGUAUCUUCACGCCCUAUGUACUUACUAUCGCCUCUUUGAUCUGCAUCAUCUUCGUGGGUCUGGGCUGCACCAAAGCCAGCUCAAAUGCAUUGAAUAAUCUUUAUUUCUUGCGGAUCAACCUCGAAAACAUGACCAGCGAAGGCUCAAAAACAACAACAAAGAUAGAAAAUAUUCUCAGCGAAAACGGUAUCACCGAUGUCAGCUCCUCGGACGUCUCCGACGUCAUCGACCAACUCAAGAGCGACAGCACAUUAGCCGACUUCUACCAAAUCGGUCUCUGGGGCUACUGCGACGGCGACAUCACCAACAACAAGAAAGACGUCUCCACCUGCUCAAACCCCAAGGCCGAAUUCUACUUCGACCCAUUCUCCGUCUGGGGACUCGAUGAUUCAUCCGUGGAAGACGAGCUCCCAAGCGACUACAACAAGCUCAUGAAGAUCUACAAGGCCGUCUCCAAAUGGAUGUUCAUCGCCUACCUGAUCGCCUUCAUCGCCACAAUCGUCGAGAUCGUCGUUGGUUUCUUCGCUAUCUGCAGCCGCUGGGGAAGCUGCGUCACUACACUCGUCGCUGUCUUCGCCUUCAUCUUCACUGCUGCCGGAUCAAUCACCUCAACUGUCCUCUUCUCAAUCUUCAGAUCGACUCUCAAGGGUACUCUCGAAGCCUACGGAAUCACUCUGUCGAUGGGUAAGAACAUCUACAUCGCUACCUGGUUGGCUACUGCCUUCUCUCUCGCUGCUGUGAUCUUCUGGACCUUCAGCGUCUGCUGCUGUUCCGGUCGCUCCCCCUACGGAAACCGCAACAACAACCGAAACAUGCGCAGCAUCCCCGCGGAGAAGGCUCCUUAUAACUACGAGCCUCUUGGUGCAGGCCAGGCUCCCUAUGGUCAACAGCAAAACACCUCUUACCCGGCUCCUGUUGCUCAUGGUGACUACCCAGCACCCAACACCCACCAGCAAUCCAACGCUUACGAGCCCUUCCGCCAUACCUAA